AUGUUCGGCCUUUGUAAAGCACUCGUUUUUGGCAGCCUGGUGCUCGGUGUCCUCAGCUCGCCGAGGCAUACGGAAGAGGAUGACAAGUCAUUGGUGAACUGGGGUUCCUUCCAGGCCCUCCUCGAUACCGUCGAUCCGGCGGCACUACAUUCGGUCCUACACUCGUUGUCGCCCAAGUUCCAGGACGGCGUGUUCAGCAAAGACCGUGCAGCCAUUGAGCACGUCCACUCCGAGAACCCGGUCAUCGCAAGCAAGCUCGUACAUCUGGCUAGAAAGAGACAGGUCAGCAAUACCACUGCCACCACCACGUCCUCCUCGACUCCUGCUCAAAGCACUGUCGAACAACAAUCUAGCUCCCGAGCAGCUAGUGUCUCCUCCAUUCUCUCGUCAGCCAUCUACGCCUCCACCGUCCCGGGAGCGACCACCGUGACGGUUGCUCCUUCGACUCCCACCUCUGCCACCGCCGUCUCCACGAGCGAUGGAGCGGUUGUUUUCAGUACCGUUGGGGGUGGUCUGGUCACCUUGACCUCCUCUGCCGUUGGGGUUCGGUUCACUCCUAGCACCUCCACUCACCUGUAUUACACGACUUUACCCGACGGCAGUAUCGAAACUUCGACGUCCGUGGUGGUCGUGAAUGCCCCCGUGACGGACAGCCAAGAUGCCACAUCGGCAGCAGGAGCCGCGGCGACCACCACAUCCAGUCCAGGAUUGCAAAACGCUGCCUCCUCAAAUACAAUCGGCACUCUUCUCAUGGUGGUCCUUGGUUUCGGAGGAUGCAUUCUCGCCUUAUGA